AUGCUUUUGUAUAUCUCAUUACUCUCUUCCUCAGUUUCUCCUCUCAAUAUGAAAAGCUUUGACACGAGCUCAGCGGUUGAAUCCGGUACCGUCGCCGGGAAUAACGUCGACGAUGAUGGUGGGGAGAAGAGAACGGGGACGUUGAUGACGGCGAGUGCGCACAUAAUCACGGCUGUGAUAGGUUCCGGAGUCUUGUCGUUGGCUUGGGCAAUAGCACAACUUGGUUGGGUGGCAGGGACAGUGCUUUUGGUAAGCUUUGCCGUCGUAGUUAAUUACACAUCCAGAAUGCUCGCCGACUGUUAUAGGUCUCCGGACGCAGGAACACGCAACAAUACUUACAUGGACGUCGUUAGAGCUUACCUCGGCGGUAGGAAAGUGCAGCUAUGUGGGCUAGCACAAUACGGGAGUCUAGUAGGGAUGACUAUUGGUUACACCAUCACUGCCUCCAUAAGCUUCGUAGCGAUUGGGAAAGCAAAUUGUUUUCAUGACAAGGGACAUGGAGCGAAGUGUUCAGUAUCAAAUUAUCCAGCCAUGGCGGCGUUUGGAAUCAUCCAGAUUGUUCUAAGUCAGAUUCCUAAUUUUCACAAGCUCUCUUUUCUCUCCAUUAUCGCCGCGGUUAUGUCCUUCUCUUAUUCAUCUAUCGGAACUGGCUUAGCCUUGGCCGAUCUGGCAAGUGGGAAGGUUGGUAAGACGGAACUGACAGGCACGGUGGUUGGAGUGGACGUAACUGCGUCUGACAAGUUAUGGAAGUCAUUCCAAGCGGCUGGAAACAUUGCCUUUUCAUACGCUUAUUCCGUUGUCCUUGUUGAGAUUCAGGAUACACUGAGUUCAAGCCCACCAGAGAACAUAGUCAUGAAAAAAGCAAGCCUUGUCGGAGUCUCGACUGCAACUGCUUUCUACAUCUUAUGUGCUUGCAUGGGAUAUGCUACAUUUGGAAGCCAAGCCCCUGGAGACCUCCUUACUGACUUUGGUUUUUAUGAACCUUACUGGCUCAUCGAUUUUGCCAAUGCUUGCAUCGCUGUCCACCUAAUCGGAGCUUAUCAGGUGAUUGCACAACCAAUUUUCCAGUUUGUUGAGAAGAAAUGCAACAAAGCAUGGCCAAAGAGCAAUUUCAUCACCAAAGAACAUUCAAUGAACAUACCAUUGCUUGGAAAAUGUCGCAUCAACUUCUUCAGACUGGUGUGGAGGACAAUCUAUGUGAUUUUCUCAACAGUUAUAGCAAUGAUAUUCCCCUUCUUCAACGCGGUCUUGGGCCUUAUCGGGGCAGUCGCAUUCUGGCCGCUAACAGUUUACUUCCCAGUGGAGAUGCACAUCUCGCAGAAAAAGAUUAAGAAGUAUACUAUGAGAUGGAUAGGGUUGAAACUCCUUGUAUUGGUUUGUUUGAUUGUUUCGCUCCUAGCUGCAGUAGGAUCCAUCGUCGGCUUGAUAAGUAGUGUCAAGGCAUACAAGCCUUUCCACAAUUUGGAUUAGUUACUUGUUACCUAAGCUAUUUGAAUACAUAGUUAAUAACGAACUAUGUACAAUGAGUAUGGAAGAACAAAUGAAUACAUAGUUAAUGAUGCACUUGUACCAGACCGAAGGACAUCAAACCGAAAUCGCAUUCCAAACCGGAAGUAUUUUCCUUAACUUUUAUUCAUAAGUUUAGUCAUUUCUUGUGUUUCACGUUAGUUAAUAAGAAGAGUGCUUGGUCUUCCUUGAGAUAAGGAACCACCUCUUCCACUUUCCCAUUUCCAGUUUUGUAGGAGUUGAGCUCCAUUUCCCUUGUUGUUAUCUCUAUUUAAUCAAUGAAAAAGACAAAAAGAGGUAGUCUUAUCUACCCAAAAAUACUCGUGUAUUGUUUACAACAAAACUCUUGCUUUGAAGAGGGACCAAGGUAACAUUUGGUAUCAGAGCACUUUUGCCGUAACUUGAAGUCUAUUAAAGUUAUGGCAAGCAACAAGGAACGAUUGUCUGAUCUGGAAACUGGACUCGGCAUGGUCUAGGAUGAGGUAUCGAAGCUCAACGAAGGAUUCGAUACGAGAUUCCGGAGUAUGGAGGACUCUUUGCGACAGAUGCUCAACGAAGCCGUGAUUAGCAUCCGUGAAGGGGGCUCAAACACACCGAUCGGGAGCCAUCGACCGGAAGGAGCCCAACCAUCCGUCUCCGUUACGCGCGAUCUGGCGCAGCGUAUCAACGGUAACUCAGCUCAAAUCUAAAGAUUUAGGUUAAAUCUUUAGAGACCUGGCUACUUGAAUCGAAGAACUUAAUCAAAUUCGAUACAAGGCUCUCGUAUUGACGACAUAAUCGAAUCAAUGCAAGGCUUUAGAGAAACUCUAGUUUAUU